AUCGCCAACCUCAUCAGUCAGCACUUGACGACUAAGCAGCAGGCAAAGCAAACAGCAGAAAGCAGCCAGUCAGCCAGUCAGGUCAGCCAGCGAGUGGCAGGAAGUAAAAAAAAAGAGGAAGAAGAGGACGAGGAGACGCCAGGACCCGGACCUCGUUCGCUCUCGAACCAUGCAGUCGCAACCUCAGCAGCCGCUAGCUCCCGCUCCCCAUCCCGGCCAGCAGCACCAGCAGCAGCAGCCGCAACAACAGCAGCAACAAUCACAACCACCACAACAACAACAACCACAUCAACAACAUCAGCCCCAGCAGCCAUCUCAACAGCAAUUGCAUCAGCACCAUCAGCAACAACCACAGCAGCCACCGCCGCAACAGGAUCCAUCCAAGAACAACCCCAAUCCAAACACCGCCCACUCCGUCCAGGACCAUGCAGACCAAGUUCUCCAGGACCAACUCCUCGCUGCUUCUCUCCAGGCAGGCCAUGCUGCCGCUCCGCCGCCUCCGCGUCCCCAGCCCGGGAUGACUCACGUCCAGCCGAUAAGAGAUCACUCGAACAUUGACCCCGCGAUCUCUGGCGCUCCGCCGACCACCGGAAUGAUCCCCGCUCCCCCGCCGCCGCCGCCUCAACCACAGCAACCUCAGGUUCAGCCACAGGAUCAAGUCAUGCAGGAGGCGCAGCCCACCGAACCUCGCAAGACGUACGGCAAGCGUGAGCUGUCGACCUCGAAGCGUGCCGCUCAGAAUCGCGCCGCUCAGCGCGCCUUCCGUCAACGCAAAGAAGGGUAUAUCCGCAAGCUGGAGGAGCAGGUCAACGAGUACAAGAUCAUGUCCGAGAAUUACAAAGCUCUUCAGGCCGAGAACUACCAGCUGCGUGAAUAUAUCAUCGGUCUCCAGUCCCGCUUGAUCGAUUCCCAGAACGACGUCCCCGAGUUGCCACCCAAUAUCGACCUCACUCAGCCCCGCCCCGAUGCCACCGCCGCCGUUGAGGCCGCUGCGAAUGCGGUCGCCGGCGCUUCCGGACAACCCGAGCAGAUGAAUGCCUUGAACCGCAUCGCUGUUGCGGGCCUGGGAAUGCGCAAACAUCAGCACGAGGAGGCCGCCUUCCUGGGCAAUAACAGCUUCCCCGCCAAGCGUGUCCGUGCCGAUAUGGUGGUGGACGAGCAGGGUGCUGUUCCCACCGACCCUACACAGCCUGCUAAAAUUGAGGGCGCCCAACCACCGACCAUUGGUUCCUGAUGAUAUCAAAAUCCGAUAUGCACCCGAAUAAGCUCACUCCAAACAACAAAAUCAUCAUUCAGUUAAAUCGGUGGCCAAAGUUGUGGUUUUUCCCAAAUCGCUUUUCUGUCAUUUACGUCUUUUACUGCGUGUAUUUGCUCGGCGCAUCGUGGACUAGGUCGGUGGGCGUCUCUUUGCUCUUUCAACUUCUUUUUUUUGUUUCAAAUCUUAGUUAAGAUGAGGGUACGAGAGCAACAUACCACGGUUCAUUACAUGGAGGCAUACCGUCGAUGGCGGUUCGAACGAGCGAUAUGGCUAAUUUGUGGAAUCGGGGAUGUUCAUCUGUUCUCUGGCAAUGGCGUUUGACAUUUCUCUUUUUUACCCAUCGUGUUUCCCAUACGCUUCCUGUACCAUGUAGCAAUCUGCAUCGUUAUUUUUAUCGAGGAAAUACGUACGAUACGUUAAUUUUG